AUGCUGGUAUCUGGAAAUACAGUGAGAGGAGUGGCACCAAGGCUGCAUGAUCCCCGAAUGAUGAUCGAUAUUAGUGGUAUAGAGGAGUUGAAGAGUUGGUACAUUGACCAGAACUUGGUGAUCGGGUCAGGCUGUAGCUUGGCAGAGGUCAUGACCAUCUGUCGUACGGUGUCCGAGAACGACGGCUUCUCUUAUCUCAACGAGAUGGUAGCACAUUUCGACGAAGUAGCUCAUGUGUCCGUUCGAAAUAUAAUGCCGCGAUCCCAGAGUGUCCACGCACUCGUCAACGCCGGCUUCUGCUACAAACUGAACGAUAGCAACAUUGUAGAGGAAUGCAGAAUAACGAUCGGUGCUCUUUCCACGAACUUCACUCGUGCGUACAAGACUGAGCGUUACAUGGUCGGCAAGCCUCUGUUCGACAACGCGACCCUGCAAGGAGCAAUCGACGUGCUUGUCAAUGAGAUGGUCAUAAUAGCGGAUCUCACGGAGCCGCCAGUGGAGUACCGCCGCCAAAUGGCUUUGGGACUCUUUUAUAAGAGUAUUCUUUCAUUUUGUCCAUCCCAAACUGUGGAUAAAUGGUAUCGCUCCGGCGCUCUCAAGCAUAGAGAAACCAGGCCGGUUUCCGAAGGGCAUCAGAUAUACGACACCAAAUCUGAGAUGUGGCCAAUAACCAAACCUAAUCCCAAAUCCGACGGAUUAAUCCAGGCUGCCGGUGAAGCUCAAUACACUGACGAUAUUCCAUUGAUGCCAAAUGAGUUGUUCGCCGCGUUUGUUCUUGCUAAAGUUCCCCUUGGAACUAUCGAGAAAAUUGAUGCUUCAAAGGCUCUGAGUAUACCAGGAGUAGUAGCAUUCUUUUCAGCAAAAGAUAUACCUGGAAAAAACUCUUUCAUACCAGCUCCUAAUUCUUAUAAUCUAGCUGAUGAAGAAUUAUUUUGUGAUGGCGAAGUUAAAUACUUUGAUCAGCCUCUCGGUAUGAUCGUAUGCGACACUCCGACUAUAGCUAAUUACGCGUCAACAAUGGUCGAUGUUACCUACACCAAUGUAAAGAAACCAGUUAUUGACAUCAAUGCUGCUCGGAAGGAUCCAAAACGAGUUAGUGUAUUCCAGUCCGUAAAGGCAAAAACGAAAGGAGAUGAUGUUUAUAAAGUGAUUAAGGGCAAUAACACUGUUUAUGGCCAGUAUCAUUCCACUAUGGAGACUUUGGUUUGUGUAGCUCAUCCAACUGAAGAAGGAUUGACGCUUUACGCCACGACGCAGUGGAUGGAUUUAGUCCAUCAAGCAGCUUCCAGGGCUCUCAAGUUAGAUCAAAACAGAAUCGACGUUAAAGUCCGGCGGAUUGGUGGUGGCUAUGGUAUGAAACUAGGCAGAGCUAACCAAGUUUCAGUGGCCACAGCUCUCGCAGCUCACCUCCUCAACCGCCCCUGUCGCUUGGUCAACCCGCUUACGGUCAACAUGAGAGCUAUGGGCAAACGCAUGCCGUGUUCUCGAGACUUUGAGGUUGGUGUAAAUGAAAAAGGAGUGAUUCAAUACGUUAAUUGUGACUUGUACGGUGACAAUGGCUAUAUUGUAAACGAACCUCUGUUAGCGCUGGGAAUGGAUGUCUAUCACAACUGUUACAACAGGGACUUAUGGAACUACACAGCGUAUAACGUCCUUACUGACACCCCUUCUAACACUUGGUGCCGGUCACCUGGUACUCUAGAAAACAUAGCGAUGGCCGAGUUUAUGAUUGAACGAAUAUCAUGUGAAAUGAAGCUAGACCCGCUUGAAGUACGUAUAGCAAACUUGGGCGAUGACUGUCGCGAUGAAAUACUCGAAAUGACGGAAACCUUAAAAACUAACGCAAGAUAUGCUGAGAGGAAAAUAGCUGUUGAGAAAUUUAACAAGGAGAAUAGAUGGACGAAACGCGGAAUCAGAUUUAGUUUCUUGAGAUGGGAACCAGUUGGUUUUAUGAACCUUGAGGUGACUUUAACAGUGUGUGCAGACGAUGGGUCGGUCAUGCUAACACACGCUGGAAUUGAGAUGGGACAAGGUAUUAAUACAAAAGCAAUCCAAAUUGCGUCGUAUAUACUAAAAAUACCCGUAGACAAAAUUCAGGUAAAGGGUAACGACACUAUAAUCGCACCAAACUGUUCUCCUUCUGGAGGCAGCAUAACCUCUCAAAAUGUUGGAAUCGGGGUGCGAAGGUGUUGCGAGGAACUGCUAAAAAGACUUGAACCUAUCAAAAGUCAGAUGGACAACCCUACUUGGGUGGAGUUGACACAGAAAGCAAUGGCGUCGCAGGUUCAAUUGAAAGUAAGCAGCUAUACUACUUCAUCUGAUAUGAUAAAAUACGACAUUUGUGGCGUGGCCUUGGCUGAAGUAGAAAUUGAUGUUUUGACGGGAGAGUUCCAAAUCAAGAGAACCGACGUCAUUGUGGAUUGUGGUCAAACUAUUAACCCUGAAGUGGACAUUGGACAAAUGGAAGGAGCAUUUUUGAUGGGAUUGGGUUACUGGACAUGUGAGAAAUUAGUUUACAACCCUAGUAAUGGAGAACUAAUGACGAAUCGCACAUGGCUUUACUAUAUACCUCAAAGCCUUGAUAUUCCGCAAGUGUCGACAAUAAUCUGUCAGAAGAAUUCAUAUAGUACGGAGGCUGUUUAUGGAGCAAAAGGAACUGGAGAACCAGCAACGUGCUUGAGCGUGGUUAUUUCCUUCGCCCUAAGGGCCGCGAUGCAGGCUGCACGCAAGGACUGUGGACUUCCAGAUGACGAAUGGUUCCAGAUCGAUGGUCCCCUAACCUUGGACAAGAUUUGCAUGGCAACAGAAACUAAACCGGAAGACUUCAAAAUUUAUUAA